AUGGAACAAGCACUCCGACGUCUCAACGGAAUGUCUCCGACGGAACAUCCAAACGACCACCUCACUUCCUACUCCGCCGUACCAACCAACAAGACCAGCGGUUCCCCCGCUGGCACAAUACGAUACCGCGGAGUCCGACGCCGACCGUGGGGCCGUUACGCUGCUGAAAUAAGGGACCCACAUUCAAAAGAACGCCGCUGGCUUGGAACAUUCGACACAGCCGAAGAAGCCGCUUGCGCCUAUGACUGCGCCGCCCGAGCCAUGCGCGGAACCAAAGCCCGAACCAAUUUUCUCUAUCAUCCCGAACCAACCGAAAAUCAAAACCGUUUUCAUCCCUUCAAUAUUCCUCAACACCUCCACGUCACCAAUUUCAACGGUGCUGAUUGUUUCUCUCCAUCAUCAUCUUCUUCCACUAAUUUUAAUCCUUCUCUUAACAACAUGGUUUUGUUUCGUGAUUAUCUUAACAACACUUGUUCUUACUCGAACCCAUUUUUGGUUCCUUCUAAUUUUGUUCAAAACAAAAUCGACAACGUUACUAUUUCUUCAUCUUCAGCUUCUAACUUUGAGAAAGUUAGUGAAGAAGAUAUUAUUAUUGAUGAUGAAGAAUCGGAAAUUUUUCCGAGAGAAUCAUCAGGGUUGUUGGAAGAGAUAGUUUAUAAGUUCAUGAAAAAUUCAAAAACAACAAAAUCAGUUUCCAAGUUUAAUAAUAAUAAUAAUAACGAAAAGAAGGUGAAAACAGAAAUAUCUCAUUCUCAUGACAACAUGUUUCCUGUGAUGGAGGGUUUUGGUUCUGUGUCUUAUGAUCAUCAUGAACAAGGUUUUUCAAUGUGGCAUGCAGCUUAA